CUCCUCUUCAGCUCUCUCCUGUAUCUCAACUUCCACCUCUCUUCCUCUUUUUCUUCUUCUUCCACUUCUUCUUCUUCUUUGGUUCUUCUCUUUCAUAUUGAUAUUGAGAUGGGAGAUGAUAGUGUCAACCUCCCUCCAGGCUUCAGGUUCCGUCCAACAGAUGAAGAGCUUGUAGUUCACUUCCUCUAUCGUAAGGCAUCUCUCUUACCUUGCCAUCCGGAUGUCAUCCCUGAUCUUGAUCUCUAUCCAUACGAUCCAUGGGAACUUGAUGGUAAGGCAUUGCAAGGAGGUAACCAGUGGUAUUUCUUCAGCCGAAGAACUCCGAACAGGGUUUCAACUAAUGGGUAUUGGAAGUCUGUGGGUGUGGAUGAACCUAUAGUUUCAAAUGGUGGAAAGAAAGUGGGAGUGAAAAAAUAUCUUGUAUUCUAUGUCGGCGGUGAAGAACCGGAUGAUGGGAUCAAAACGAAUUGGAUAAUGCAGGAGUAUCGCCUUUUAGAUUGCGGUUCUAGUAGCAGUAGAUCUUCCAAAAGAAAAGGAGCUACAAAACUCGAUUCAAGCAAAUGGGUCCUUUGUCGAGUCUAUGAGAGGAAUAGUGGUUCUCAAGGGGGAUUUGGCGAUGACGACGACGACGAUAGUGUAGAGCUUUCAUGCUUAGAUGAAGUUUUCUUGUCAUUAGAUGAUCUUGAUGAAAUUAGUUUGCCAAAUUAGAUUGAAAAACUAUCAUCUAUAUAUGCAAUUUAAUAUGUGUUUCAAUUUAUGGCCUUAUGAGAGGGGACCUUAUCCAAUUGUAAUAUUAGCAUGUUUCAUGUAUAAGAACCACAAACAUUUUGCAGCAAA